ACAGAUGGGGGAGGGAUUUAGUGCUGGAAAGGGCCAAGCUUGCACUGCUAGCAGCAGUCAGAAAGUGUGUGGUGUACUCUGGAGUCAGAACUCUGGCACGGAGCGGUGGGUGUUAAUGUAAGGACACUUGCACUUUCACUCUGACCAAUUGCCCCAGCCUGUCCUACCAUACACAGAAUCUUCCCUGGAUUUUUAGCUCCGAUCCACCUGGUUCCACGUGUCAGCAGCUGCUCGCUAAGGACUAACUACAGAUGUGAACCGGUGAAACAAAGGCUUGGAUGGAGGUGCCCUGCUGAUUGUAUGCUGUAACUCUAGAAAUGGAUUGACCCCCCCACCCGUGAUAAAGGAGCCAACGAUAGGUUCAGCACAUAGUAGGACUAGAACACUCUCUAGUCUGAAUUCAAAAGUACAAUGGAUCAUUUCUACAGUGAGGGAACACAAAUUUGGUUAAGAGAAAAUGGUCAGCACUACCCAAGCUUUGUUCAGACCUGUGCAGGAGGAGUCGUUGUCUUCAAAACAUAUUAUGGGAAGGUUUUUACCUACAAACAAAGCACAAUUACUCGCCAAAAGGUGACAUCUAUGCAUCCAACUAGUGCUGAUGGUGUAGAAGACAUGGCAGCACUGAGCGACCUGCAUGAGGGAUCAAUUAUGUACAAUCUCUUCCAGCGAUACCAGCAGAACAAAAUUUAUACAUAUAUUGGAUCUAUCCUGGCAUCUGUUAACCCUUACAAGAUGAUUGCUGGAUUAUAUGAUCAUAAUACCGUGGAACAGUACAGCAGGCAUCAUAUGGGAGAGAUACCGCCUCAUAUAUUUGCUGUAGCCAAUGAAUGUUACCGUUGCUUGUGGAAGCGCCAUGACAAUCAGUGUGUUCUCAUCAGUGGUGAAAGUGGAGCAGGCAAGACAGAAAGCACAAAACUUAUUAUGAAGUUCUUAUCUGCUAUAAGCCAGCAUUCCCUGGAAAUCUCUUCUAAAGAAAAGACAGCAAGUGUAGAACAAGCCAUUUUGGAGAGCAGCCCAAUUAUGGAAGCCUUUGGGAAUGCAAAAACUGUUUACAAUAAUAACUCAAGUCGUUUUGGGAAGUUUAUUCAGUUGAAUAUAUGCCAAAAAGGACACAUUCAGGGAGGCCGAAUUGUAGACUAUUUAUUAGAAAAAAACCGUGUGGUACGUCAGAAUCCCGAGGAGAGGAACUACCACAUAUUUUAUGCACUGCUGGGGGGAGGAAAGGAGGAGAGAGAUGCAUUUUAUUUAUUACAAGCGGAGAAGUACCACUAUUUGAAUCAGUCUGGAUGCAUCCUAGACGAGACUAUCAGUGACAAUGAGACUUUUCAAGAAGUGAAAGCUGCCAUGGAAGUUAUGAAAUUUUCUAGAGAGGAGGUCAGAGAAAUCUUUCGUCUACUUGCUGGUAUUUUGCACCUGGGAAAUAUGGAAUUUGUAACUGCUGGUGGGGCACAAAUCUCAUCCAAGACAGCACUAGGAAGAGCUUCUGAAUUGCUUGGGCUGGACUCAGAGCAGAUGGCAGAAGCCCUAACACAGAGGUCUAUGAUCCUCAGAGGGGAAGAGAUAUCUACACCACUCAGUGUAGAGCAGGCUGUGGAUAGCAGAGAUUCAAUGGCCAUGGCACUGUAUUCACAAUGCUUUGCAUGGGUCAUUAAGAAGAUCAAUAGUCGCAUCCAAGGGAAGGAUGAUUUCAAAUCCAUUGGAAUCCUAGACAUUUUUGGCUUUGAAAACUUUGAGGUUAAUCGCUUUGAACAGUUUAACAUUAACUAUGCCAAUGAAAAGCUGCAAGAGUAUUUCAACAAGCAUAUUUUCUCACUGGAACAACUGGAAUACAGCAGAGAAGGACUUGCAUGGAAUGCUAUUGACUGGAUAGAUAAUGGAGAAUGUUUGGACUUGAUAGAAAAAAAACUUGGUUUGCUUGCACUCAUGAAUGAAGAAAGCUACUUUCCUCAAGCUACGGAUAAAACACUGUUGGAAAAGCUCCAUAAACAGCAUGCGAAUAAUCAUUUUUACGUGAAGCCACGUGUUGCUGUUCACAAUUUCGGAGUAAAACAUUAUGCUGGAGAGGUUUUGUAUGAUGUAAGAGGUACUCUUGAAAAGAACCGAGACACCUUUCGGGAUGACCUUCUGAAUCUUUUACGUGAAAGCAGGCUUGAUUUCAUAUAUGAUUUGUUUGAACAUGUUUCAAGUCGAAAUAAUCAAGAAACAUUGAAAUCUGGAAACAAGCAUAAAAAGCCCUCUGUCAGCCUACAGUUUAAGAACUCUCUUCAUUCCUUAAUGGCAACACUGAGCACAUCAAAUCCGUUUUUUGUUCGUUGCAUUAAGCCAAACAUACACAAGAUGCCAGACCAGUUUGAUGACACAGUUGUUCUCAAUCAGUUGAGGUACUCUGGUAUGCUAGAGACCGUAAGGAUACGGAAGGCUGGGUUUCCUGUGAGGAGGCUCUUUCAUGACUUCUGUUUUAGGUACAAAGUGUUAAUGAGAAAGCUGUCCCUUCCUGAGGAUAUAAAAGGCAAGUGUGAGACACUUCUUCACCUUCAUGACAAUACAGACACUGAAUGGCAGAUUGGAAAAACUAAGGUCUUUCUAAGAGAGUCUCUGGAACACAAGCUGGAGAAACAACGAGACAUAGAAGUGUUUAAGGCAGCUCUGAUAAUACAAGCACACAUCAUGGGAUUUGUGGCACGUAAGCAGUACAAGAAAGUCCUUCACUGUGUGGUGGUUAUACAGAAAAACUACAAAGCCUUUCUUUGGAGGAGAAAGUUUCUACGUCUUAAAAAAGCUGCAGUGACCUUCCAGAGGCAGCUGCGUGGGCAAAUAGCCCGCCGUAUAUACAAACAGCUGUGGGAACAGAAACAAAGAGAAGAGGAAGAGCGGCGAAGAAGAGAGGAGGAAGAGAGGAGAAGAAAAGAGGAGGAAGAAUGUAGAAGGCGAGAGGAGGAAGAGAGGUUGCAGAAAGAAGAGGAAGAGAGGUUGAGGAAAGAAGAGGAAGAAUGGAGAAAGAAAGAGAUGGAAAAAAGGGAAAGACAGAGACUGGAAGAAGUAUUAGCUAAGCAGGCUGAAGAAGCAAGGAAACAACAGGAACUUGCUGCCAUGCUGGAAUCCCAAAAUCUCACAGAGUUAGAAAAACAAAAGGAAAACAAACAAGUGGAAGAAAUUCUUCGCAUGGAGAAAGAAAUUGAUGACCUACUACGCAAAAAGGAAGAACAGGAAUUGUCACUUACAGAGGCGUCUUUACUGAGGCUGCAAGAGCUACGAGACAAUGAGUUGAAACGACUAGAGGAGGAGGCUUGCAAAGCUGCUCAAGAGUUCCUUGAGUCCCUGAACUUUGAUGAGAUUGACGAAUGUGUAAAGAAUAUUGAGAUGUCUCUCUCUGUCAGUGAUGCAUUUCCAGAUCUCUCCAAUAUGCCUGGUGUCUCAAGUUAUAAUACACCAAGCUUCAACUUCAGUCAGUCUUACCCUGAAGAAGAGGUAGAUGAAGGAUUUGAAGCAGAUGAUGAAGCUUUUAAGGACUCUCCAAAUCCAAGUGAGCAUGGACAUUCAGACCAGAGAACUAGUGGCAUUAGGACAAGUGAUGAUUCUUCAGAAGAGGAUCCUUACAUGAAUUAUACUGUGGGGGUUUUACCCCAGGCUGCUACCAGUAAUACACUACUUUCUUCGGGUGAAGACAAAACAACCAUUAAGAAAUCAACUAGUGGAGAGUCUACAUAUUGUGUACCAGAAAAUGUACCAUGUGGGCCUCAAAAUCCUGGGAGCAUCAUCAUUCCAGAUGGAGACUAUGACUAUGAUCAUGAUGAAGCAAUCACCCCUGGAAGCAGUGUGACAUUUUCUAACUCAGUCAGUAGCCAGUGGUCUCCUGAUUAUAACUUUUCUAUAGGAAUAUACAAUGGAUCUUCAGCAUACAGAUUUAGCUCAGAAGGAGCCCAGUCAUCUUUUGAAGACAGUGAAGAAGAAUUUGAUUCCAGAUUUGACACAGACGAUGAACUUUCCUACAGAAGAGAUUCUGUCUAUAGUUGUGUCAGUUUGCCCUACUUUCACAGCUAUUUGUAUAUGAAAGGUGGAAUGAUGAACUCAUGGAAGAAGCGAUGGUGUGUUUUGAAGGAUGAGACAUUUCUAUGGUUCCGUUCUAAGCAGGAAGCUUUGAAGCAAGGAUGGCUUCACAAAAAGGGUGGUGGAUCGUCUACACUAUCCAGAAGAAACUGGAAGAAACGUUGGUUUGUGCUUCGACAAUCUAAGCUGAUGUACUUUGAAAAUGAUAGUGAAGACAGACAGAAGGGAACGAUUGAGCUUCGAGAUGCCAAAGAGAUCAUUGAUAAUGCUGGCAAAGAAAAUGGAAUUGAUAUAAUAAUGGAACAUAGGACAUAUCACUUAAUUGCUGAGUCUCCUGAGGAUGCCAGUCAGUGGUUCAGUGUAAUGAGCCAGGUUCACUCUUCCACAGAACAGGAAAUUCAGGAGAUGCAUGAUGAACAAGCCAAUCCACAGAACGCUGUGGGUACUUUGGAUGUUGGAAUGAUUGAUUCUGUGUGUGCUUCAGAUAACCCAGAUAGACCAAAUUCAUUUGUUAUCAUUACUGCAAACCGCGUCCUUCACUGUAAUACAGAUACCCCAGAAGAGAUGCACCACUGGAUAACUUUACUGCAGAGGUCAAAGGGAGACACCAGGGUGGAAGGACAGGAAUUUAUUGUGAGAGGAUGGUUACAUAAGGAAGUGAAAAACAGUUCUAAGAUGUCCUCUCUAAAGCUGAAGAAACGCUGGUUUGUCCUCACUCACAACUCUCUUGAUUAUUAUAAGAGCUCUGAGAAAAGUGCAAUAAAACUGGGCACCUUGGUGCUUAACAGCCUCUGCUCUGUAGUGCAGCCUGAAGAGAAGAUCUUUAAGGAGACAGGGUACUGGAAUGUGACAGUAUAUGGACGCAAGCACUGCUAUGGCUUAUACAGCAAACUGCUCAAUGAAGCUACGCGAUGGUCUAGUGCCAUUCAGAAUGUCAUUGAUACAAAGGCUCCAAUAGACACACCAACAAAACAACUGAUUCAGGAUAUAAAGGAAAACUCCCUAAACAGUGAAGUGGUGGAGCAGAUUUACAGGAGAAAUCCAAUUUUGCGUUAUACCCAUCAUCCCCUACAUUCACCCUUACUGCCACUACCCUAUGCAGACAUUAACCUCAACAUGCUGAAAGACAAAGGUUAUACAACUCUCCAAGAUGAAGCCAUCAAGAUUUUUAAUUCCCUGCAGCAACUUGAAUCUCUCUCCGAUCCUGUCCCAAUAAUUCAGGGAAUCCUUCAGACAGGCCAUGAUUUGCAACCUUUGAGAGAUGAACUCUACUGCCAGCUCAUCAAACAAACAAAUAAAGUGCCUAAUCCAGGGAGCACAGGGAAUCUGUAUCAUUGGCAAAUACUUACCUGUUUGAGUUGCACCUUCCCACCAAGUCGAAGGAUUGUAAAGUAUCUGAAAUUUCACCUUAAGAGAAUACGAGAACAAUAUCAAGGCUCAGAAAUGGAAAAAUAUGCAGUGUUUAUUUAUGAAUCUCUAAAGAAAUCCAAAUGCCGGGAGUUUGUGCCGUCUAGAGCUGAAAUAGAAGCUUUAAUUAUCCGCCAAGAAAUUACAACCAUUGUGUACUGCCAUGGAGGGGGAGCGUGCAAGAUCACUAUCAACUCACACACCACAGCAGGAGAGGUUGUUGAAAAGCUAAUUAGGGGUCUGGCGAUGGAAGACAGCAGAAACAUGUUUGCACUGUUUGAAUACAAUGGGACCACUGAUAAAGCCAUUGAAAGCAGAACUGUUGUUGCUGAUGUUUUAGCUAAAUUUGAAAAGCUGGCUGUGAGUUCAGAAACAAGAGAUAAGCCCUGGAAAUUUUACUUUAAGCUUUACUGCUUCCUAGACACAGAACAUGUUCCAAAGGACAGCGUGGAAUAUGUAUUUAUGUUUGAGCAGGCUCAUGAAGCUGUUAUCUGUGGCCACUACCCCGCACCCGAGGAAACACUGCAGAUCCUGGCUGCUUUGAGAUUGCAGUAUACACAAGGAGAUUAUAGUCUACACACCAAUGUGCCAGAGAUGGAGGAAUUCUACCCCUUGCAAAAACUAAAGGCCCGAAUUACCCAGUCCACCAAAGUAUCCUCUACAUUAGAACGAUGUGAGAGGAAGAGAUCUAGUUUCUUAGAAGGAACUUUAAGAAGGAGUUUCAGAAGUGGAUCUGUUAGUAAACAGAAACAACUGGAAGAGGAGCAGAUGCAGGAAAUGUGGGUGAAAGAGGAGGUGCUCUCAACUAGAACCAAUAUUAUUGACAAAUGGAAAAGGUUUCAAGGCAUGAAUACUGAUCAGUGUAUGACCAAGUACAUGGCUUUGAUAAAGGAGUGGCCUGGUUAUGGAUCAGCCCUCUUUGAUGUAGAGUGUAAAGAAGGUGGAUUUCCACAGGAACUGUGGUUGGGUGUCUGUGUUGAGGCUGUUUCUGUUUACAAAAGAGGGGAGGGAAGACCCCUGGAAGUGUUUCACUAUGAACAUAUUCUUUCUUUCGGUGCACCAUAUGCCAAUAACUACAAGAUAGUUGUAGAUGAGCGUGAACUACUGUUUGAAACAAGUGCGGUGGUUGAGAUAGCCAAGCUAAUGAAGGCCUACAUCAGCAUGAUUGUGAAGAAACGGUACAGCACCACUCGUUCUGAAAGCAGCCAUGGCAGCCAGGGGAGCUCCAGGUGAAAGCUUUGCCUGCUGAGCACAUAUCGUAAGUCUGAAGAAUAUGGAUAAUUGGUGCUAUAAAAAAAGAGACAUCAAGGAAAAAACAAGGGAUCUUCAGCAAAGUGUUGGAACUUGAAACAGAAGGUUGAGUCUCUCAUGCUGGAAGAUCCAGUGCCUAAAACAGCCAGCAAGAUUUCCAAAGCAUUACUACUUGAUAUUGACAGAUGCCUUACAUACUAACUCACUGCAAAUCCUGCAGUGUUAAAGUGCCUUCAGACUGUAGUAGCAUACAGGCCUCAAAAUCCGCCAGUUGUAUUUUCUUUAUUAAAAAAAGUAUUGGAUUCCUGGAAUGCUGCAGGCAGCCUUCUUGUGAAUCUAAUGACGUGCUUGUUGGGGAGCACAUUAAUGUUUCUUUUAGCUUGUGUGAAUAUUUGGCCUUUGUAAAUUUUAAUUUUAUUACAAUAUUUACAUAAAUCAGUGGAAAGGGAAUCAUAGUGUGCAAUGAUGUCUGUCCAGAGUGGUGCUUUGAACUAUCCCUGUUGGUGGAAACCAGCAAUUAAAAUGUUACACAUCCCAUUCUACUUUGUAUUUCUUCUUAACCAAUCUGCAUUUUCUACCUACUGUAUUCUAAAUUAAGAGAUUGCAUAACUUUAGAACAAUAUACAGUAUUUAUAAACUGCCUUAUUAUAUAAAUACAUUAAUAUUAUGGUAAGCACUUGGCUUACAAAAGUUUCCUCAGCUUCAUACCAUUUGGCACUGUAACGCUGUGAAAGUGCUUGUAAAUAGAUAUUGAUUUUGAGUGCUUUAUUUUUGUAUGGAAAAUGUUAAUAUGAAGCAAAAUAUGACAUUAAACUUCUAGAUAUUAUAAGGUUAAAACAUGGCUUCAUAUUAUAUGAGAAUGUUACCAGUUCUAAGGAUUUACUCAAUGUUAAAUAAACGUUUGUCACAAAAA